CUGCGUCUAUCAGCGCGCAGAGAGCGGAGCGGAAGCUUGCAAUAGCCACAUCGAGGAAACUACGACAGGACAUACCGUGGAAGAGGAUACUCCGCACCCCACACAGAAUAUUGCAGUAGUACCACCAUCGUGUUACCAUGGCACACCGGAAUGGUCUCUGACUUAAACUAUGCAUGCUCUGUUGCAAAACAUCAUUCUCGCAAGACACUGAGUGUAAACACAUUAUGACAUGCAGCUCACGAAAAAAAGUUUUCAAAAAAAGAGCAGACGACAGAUGCAAAUCGCUAAGAGGCUUUAAGGCUGGACUUGAAGCGAGUCACAGAAGAUUAAGUAUUGUCUUAAAUUGACAACACCGAAUGCAGCAGUCACUGGGAAUGUAUUUGGACAGAAAAGUCUUGUAGCAAUUGCAGGUAUUAUUUCAAAAAAGAAAACACGUUUCUGCUUUGGAUCAAUAAAUCAGUUAAUAAGCCAGAUCGGUCGGGUCCCGGGAGACUACUUGUCUGAAGUGGAAGGAGUGUAUGGAUUCACCGCCUGUCCGGAUCUAACGGAGGGAGAACAGGUUACAGAGAACAGGCAUUGGGAGAAAGUACAAGCGGAUUGCAGCGAUGACAUCUGUACGUUCAUCCAGUUUUCCCAAAAUGUUCCAACGUGGAUUUAAUCAUUCUUCCUAAAUACACCCUGAGAGACAGCAAAUAUGAAAACACCAGGAUCAUUCGUGUUAAUUUUCCUCCUACAUCAGGUGUGGUGCAGGAAGGUACAGCAGCAUUUCCAGGCAGUAGCAGAGACAGAGCUGAUAGAGUGGGGGCAGGUGGAUCAUGAGGAGAAUUUCUCCCCCAGUGGAGCCGGGGCAGAGGCCAGCCCCAGAGUCCUCAAUCCCCUGAGGCUGUUUGCCAGAGGGGUCCCAGGGGCCCCCAGCCACAAAAACAACCCCAUCAGGGACAUGGCAUACGAAGAGAGCAUGGAGGACUUCUGGGAUUGGUUAUCCAACCAGACAGAUGUUCAUGGCAGCCAGGCCAGAGCCAAACGACGACCCAUUGUUAAGACGGGCAAGUUUAAAAAGAUGUUUGGCUGGGGGGACUUCCAUUCCAACAUCAAGACCAUCAAACUCAAUCUGUUGAUCACCGGAAAGAUUGUGGACCACGGUAAUGGGACGUUCAGUGUCUACUUCCGCCACAACUCCACCGGCCUCGGGAACGUGUCGGUCAGUCUGGUGCCACCAUCUAAAGUGGUGGAGUUUGAGAUUGCUCAGCAGUCCACUCUUGAGACAAAAGACUCCAAAGCUUUCAACUGUCGUAUUGAAUAUGAGAAGACAGACCGCAACAAGAAGACCGCUCUGUGCAGCUUUGACUCCUCCAAGGUGUGUUACCAAGAACAGACCCAGAGUCACGUCUCUUGGCUCUGCUCCAAGCCCUUUAAAGUAAUCUGUAUCUACAUCGCAUUCUACAGCGUGGACUACAAAUUGGUGCAGAAGGUCUGCCCAGACUACAACUACCAUAGUGACACUCCCUACUCCUCCACUGGCUAAUCGAGUUCUUUAUAUGUGGCUGUUGGUAUCUUUGCUCCGCAUGUACAUCAAGUCUGUUUGGACAUUGGGCAGUUGACGUUGACUCACGUAACCAAAAUUACCAAUGCUUUACAAUGAAAAAUAACCCAGGCUAUAGUGUCCACCUUCACCAAAGAAAAAAUCUCAACAAAUCUAGAUCUUCAGUCUCUAGGACAGCAACAUAUCGGUAUUCAGGUUAAACAUGUCUUCCAUCAGAUAAAUCCGAUUCCAUCUCUCUUCUUUUUUACUAUCCAGUGGGCUACAAUUACAAAACACACUUCAUAUAAUACUAUAUGCAUUGUAAUCUCACCGUGUCUACACAUCACGAAAAUGGAUACAAGGACACACAUUAUUUGAUUGCUAAGGGUACUGAUUACCUGAUGACAAUUAGGUAGUGUUCCAGAGAUUAUUAAUGUGAAUCUAUUUAUGUGAGUUUUUCAUUUUAUGGGGGGUGAAGACUAUAAUCUAACUUAGCCCAAUUUCUAAACAGACACGCUUAUGCUCUGUUUGACCACACAUUGACCAAUCUUGGUUUACAGCUCUGCUUAACCUCAAUAUAACCAAGCCUAGUUAAAGCGAUCUGUUAGAAAGAUGAACCGUGGUUUACCGUUCUGACCAGCCCAUAGAUGAACCCAUGACAGCCCUUGUGUUCCUCGUUAUCACUAUGUUCUCAGUAAAUGCCUGUCCAGAUGUCUGGUAGUAGGGUAGACCAUAGGCUCUUACAGUCACACAGGACACUGUAGACCUGUACAAUAGCAUUAACAUCAAAUCACUUCCUAGGCUUGAAAAAAGAACGUCAGAUGUUCUGUUUUCUUCCAGGCCUUUUAAAAGAGGGCAUCUUGAUGUUCUAAAGAGAACAAGCAAACAUUUCCUUUUUAUUCGUCUAUUUUUUCCAUAAGAUGUUCAUUUACCUCAAAAAGAUAGAACGAUUUGGGCUGAAUUCCCCUUAAAUUUAUAUUUUUAACACCAAACCCACCACUGGUGUGUUUGGCUAGGGCCCUAUGUUUCUGUCAUUUUUGGCCGUAUAUACCUGUGGUGGAUAUUUGAUGGUAUGGGACAAUUUUGCUUCCACUUGUCCUGACGCCUUUGUUAACUCAUUUUCAUAAACAUUAAAGUGCCAGGACUUACCGCCGGUAAGUGGAUCAUCCAGUGGGAGAUUAACCCUGAGCACACAAAGUGUGGUAAAAGAAAUGGGUUAUUGACCACAAAUUCCACAUUUUGCAAUGGGUCAGUGUCCCCUAUUUAAAAAAGGAAGUAUAGAGGAUCUCAAGGUUCUGGAAAGAUUCUAUAUGGAGUAUUGAUCCCUUCAGAUGUGUUCUUCGGUCAUCAGUGUAGUUAUCCUCCAUAAAAAUUAUCCCAGAGUAUGAAAAAGGCUGUCAAUAAUUAAAGUUGUAUUUACGAAAAUGAAAGAAUUUCUAAGAAAUUAUUUUCUUUAAGGAAUUUUGACUAAAAUAAUAUAACUUCCAACAUUUCUGUAUAGCUCAGUAUUGGUAUUAUUUAUUAAGUAUUUUCUCUCAUUAAGGGUGCCAAUAUAAAUGUAAAUGAGUUAGUGGACAGGACUAUUUAGUGAAUCGGUCAGGCUGCUAAAAUGACUUUGUCAUGGCGCUGAACGCUCAGGAAUCCUCCUGACACGGCGCUGACUGCUCAUGACUCCUCCUGACACUGCCUGACUCUUUAUGGCUUCUAUUAACAUUCAUUAAAGACAAAUGACUAUUUAGUUAGCGUGACGGAGGAAACAAAAUGCCCUAAGUUAAAAUGCUACUCUUGACUGAUAACAUGCCAGUGAUCACUACGCAGAGGUAGCCUUGGGAUAAUAUUAGCGAUGACAAGAGCUGCGUGGGGGAGUCCUUAUGUUACACUGCUCCUCUGUAGGACACUCAAGCCCUUGAGAGUUAACUCCCCAAACUCUCAACUCACUGGAAGACAGCUGAUACUGUGCUGCAUUAAUGCUUGUUUAGCCUCCUCACACAGCAAACUGAUAUGAUUGGCUGUCUCCUCUAGGGCCACUGGAUAAAAGCUGUGAUUGGCUGCCUUCUCUAUGUCCACAGGAUUAAGGCUUUGAUUGGCUGCCUUCUCUAGGACCACAGGGUAAAUGUUCUGAUUGGCUGCCUCCUUUAGGUCCAUUAGAUAAAUGUUCUGAAAUUCUCUGUUCCAUUCUGACAAAAACAAACACCACCAACUUCCCUCAAUAAAGGGCCGACAAUUCAAGUCGCUCCAAAGUGUUUAAAUUUUUUGACAUAUGAUUAGAAUGGAUCAUUAGGUUCUCAGGUUCCAAAUGAUUACAUAAAAAUACAUUAAGUGGCUAGCCUGCUAUGAGUUGGAAAGAUUUGUUUCAUGCCUCUCAAAUCCUUUUUGAAAGCUGUAAAUUAAACUAUACUAUAGAAAUGACAAGAACUGUAUAAUAAUGAACAACUGAAUUUAAGUUAAUCUAUGUUACUGAUUUAGUUCUAAUCCUUUUGUGAAAUGUAAAGUGUGUUAUAUAUAUAUAUAUAUAUAUAUAUAUAUAUAUAUA